UUUCAUAAUAAUUUUGAGUUUGUUAAAAAAAGUACUGUUGCUGAUGUUUGGGCAUUUGCAACUACACUUUGGGAAAUCUUUUCAUUGGGAUCUGAAAUUAGUGAUUUAAGUUUUGGAGAGUGUAAACAAUUUUAUUUAUCUGGGCGACGAUUGCAUAAACCGGAUGCUUGUCCUGAUGAUGUAUAUCUGCUCAUGAAGAACUGUUGGAAAAUCGAUCCUCAUAGUAGAAUACAAUCGCAAGAAAUUAUGCGAGAUAUGAAUCAAAUUUUAUAUGGAGUUUUUAACUCUAGAAGAACACACUCUUAUAGCACUGUAUACCCCAAAGGUUUUCGUGAUGUAAAUGGCUCAAAACAAAGUAUAUUUUCAACUGCAACGGAUGACACAUUUUUAAUACGAGAUGUUUUUUCUGCACAUGAUAUGGAACGUGAUAAUAAAUCACUUACAUCAGAUAUCAGUGGAAGCAAUGGAUUUUCAAUUUGGGACAAGGAUGAUCAUUUUGAUAGUUCAACAAUAUCUUGCAAUCUUACAUCAAGCCCUUCACUAGAUCUGAUGGAUGCAAUGCAAAUUAUAUUCGAACUCAGCUCAGAUUGUAAUUUAGUAUUGCAGGGUCGCAUUGGGCAGGGUUUUUAUGGAGAAGUGUAUAGAGGAAACUUGGAAAAGGAUAAAGAUACUGAACCGCAGUUAGUUGCUGUGAAGAAAUUGAAAACUAAUGCUUUAAAUUCAUGUUUACAAGAUUUUGAAAGAGAAAUUUCAAUAAUGAAGACUUUAAAACAUCCAAAUAUUGUUGAGAUCCUAUGUGUAUUUGAUGAACCUGAAAUAUCAUUAGUAAUGGAGUAUGUUGCCAAUGGUUCAUUACAAAGUUAUUUAAAAAUACAUCGUGAUAAAAUCAAACAACCACAGUUAUUGAAGUAUGCACUAGACAUCGCUGAAGGAAUGGAAUAUCUUGGAAAAAAGCACAUAGUGCAUCGAGAUUUAGCUGCUCGAAAUAUAUUGGUAGCUAAUGAAAAUUUAGUGAAAAUAUCAGAUUUUGGAUUAGCACAAGUUACUGGAGGCAAAGAAGAUUACUAUAUUCUGAAAACAAAUAGAGAUCUCCCAAUAAAAUGGUAUGCUCCAGAAAGUUUGUGUGAUGGUAAAUUUUCAUCCCGAUCUGAUGUGUGGUCCUAUGGUAUUACAAUGUUCGAAAUGUUUUCUUAUGGGGAGGAUCCGGUUCUGCCAAGUAUGUCGACAGUUGCAGCUUUGUCAUCAUCUGGAUUCAAUAAUUCAAAUUCUCAACUUCUUGGAGAAGUUGACAGUGUUAAUACUGAACCACCACAACACACCAUGUUCAAAAUUUUAAAAAGUGGAGAAAGACUGAAAUGUCCCAAAAGGUGUUCUAAUGAGAUUUAUUUAGAAUUAAUGCAUUCUUGUUGGAAAUUUUCACCUUCAGAGAGACGAACUUUUUCUGAAUUAACUGUUGUUUCUAGUGAAUUAUUAAGAAGAUCUAAAAAUGAAUUAGGAGACUUUUUAGGUUAAUAUACUAAACCUGGGAUAGCCUUACAAUAUACUCAACUACACAAUUAGAAUUAAAUUGGAUUAAGUAGUAAUAUUCUCUAAAUUUUAUUAGUUUGAUUUAU